AAAAAAAAAAAAAAAAAAAAAAAAGUACAACUCCACUUCUCCUUCUCUUCCACAUUCCACCGCCAAUUUGAUGUUCUUAAACAUCCUAAUUUCGACAGAUUAUUCCCCUUUUUCAGCUGAGCAAGAGCAAUUUGAUCACGCGGGCUUAGGGUUUUAUGCUUUCCGUUUCGGAAAAAGUAAAAUAGAACUCAAUCUCGAUUGAUUGCUUGGGUUUCGGUGGAGAUUGUAAAUUGCAAAAUUUCGUAGUAAUUUGUAAUUAAGCAGGAGAUAGAUAGUAGAGAUGCAGCAACCGGCGCCAAUGUUUCCCGUCAUGCCGUCGUUUCCACCUACAAACAUCACCACGGAGCAGAUUCAGAAGUACCUAGACGAGAACAAGAAACUGAUAUUGGCUAUUCUGGAUAAUCAAAAUCUAGGCAAACUCGCUGAAUGUGCCCAGUACCAGGCUCAGCUUCAAAAGAACCUGAUGUAUUUGGCUGCUAUAGCCGAUGCCCAACCUCAAACACCCACAAUGCCUAGCCAGAUGACUCCUCAUCCCGCAAUGCAACAAGGAGGGUUCUACAUGCAGCAUCCUCAGGCUGCAGCCAUACCUCAGCAGCAAGGCAUGUUCCAGCCCCGACCGCCACCCUUUAACAGCCCACACUUAUUGCAAGAUCCUCAGCAACAUCCGAAUAACCAACUGGGCAUGAGGUCUGUCGGUCCCAACAAUGGCAUGAACCCCCAGCAUACGGACCCCAGUCUUGGAGGGGCCAGCAGCAGCGUUCCCACUAAGGACACCCGCGGGGUAAGUAUGCAAGAUAAACCUGAUAGUCGGGCUGCAGCCGGUCCUGAUGGCCAGGGAAACUCUCCUGCAAUUCGUGGCAUUGGAGAUGCGGAGGAAGCCAAGUGAAGGACAUCGGCUUGGUGUUGUAGAACUAGCAACUUUUGUUCGACUAGAUGUAGUGUUUCUUUUCGGGUUUGUUGUAAUAGCAGAGGGAAGAAUGAAUGAAUGAUUGUCCAUUGUAAGCUGGGGAGAAAAGCUUGUGUUGUAGCUGUAAUGCCUUUGUUUUAUCCUAUAACUUAGUACUCCUUGUUUUAA